CCGAUUAAUCGGUUAUUUACUCCGCACUUAGACCAAAACAAGCAUGGCCGAUAAAGGUAAAUCUCCUGAAGAAAUUGUGGCCGGGUUUAACACCCUUCGCAAUGAGCAGCGACGACUGGCCCUCAAGAUCUCCGAGAUGGAAGUCGACCUGAACGAACACAAAAUCGUGGUAGACGCCCUGGAGAAGGUGGAGGACGACCGCAAGUGUUUCCGACUGAUCAACGGUGUCCUGGUGCAACGCACCGUCAAGGAAGUGCGUCCCUCGCUGAUGCACAGCCGAGACCAGCUGUCCGAAGCGAUUAGGCUUCACAAUGAGGCGCUGUCCCGCAAAGGAACGGAGCUGAAUGAAUACAAGGAUAAAUACAACAUUCGAGUGCGCAACGCCGGAGACGAAGAGCCCGAAAAGCAGGAGGCGCCCAAGGCACCGCAGCAGGCCGGUGUGCUCGUCAACUGACCCCCUUAAAUAAGACUCGUUACGCCGUGAUAAAUAAUGAUCCUACAUGCACGUGGAUACCUGUGAAAUACUUUAAUAAAUCUGAUUAUACGCCAUUGUGACGUCUUUUUGAAUUAGGCCGCCACCGAUUGCCUGCAAUGCGACGAGCAGAACAACCAAUCGGCGCAGGUACUAUUUUUCAUCCGCGGUUAUGACUGGAAGAAAAUUCAAAUUUAUUUUAAAAUAAUGUAGAAUACUUUCAAAUUUUUGAAUUCGUUGCAAUAAAUAUAACAAUUGUA